AUGGCCAGUGAAGAUGGGAGAAUACCACGUUUACAUCACCAGCUCAUGUUCUUCUUGAUGAUCUCUCGGAAAUACCUGAUAGCGCUCACUUACGUUGCAUUUUACAUCGCGUUCUGUGAACGAGAAAAUGCGAUGGCUAACAAUAGACAGUUCUUCGUUCAGAUAAGAGAUCGAUUGCUCGUCUCAUGUAAAUCUCUUGAUGAUCAUUUUGAGAAAACAAUAGUCGAAGGGGACCUGGUCAAGAUCAAGAAGUUUGUAACGAGAGAUAUGUUAUGUGACGUAUAUGACUGCUCUAAACAGCUUACAAAGGAGCUCAAAGCAAUCGUGCCGGUGAAUAAAGGUACCGAGAACCAACCCAGUUCUAAAUCUGUCCAGGAGUUGGGCUUGCUGAGAGCACCAACGCAUCUUCUGAACUGCAUGUUAGGUUUUGCCCACAUUUACCAGUUUGUCAGGAAAAUUCCUCUCCAACAGCAAUACCAAGUAACAGAAGCUCAAAUGGAGGUUCUUAUCAAGGAUUUUGAGCAAGACCUGCUUCCGAAUUGGAAAAACCAAGUGGAAUCUUUGAAACGCCAUAUUGGGAUUUUAAUGCUCGUGGACAAGAACUUCUUACAGAAGUUCGAAUCAUACAGAACAAGCAUGGCCCAAAAGAAAACAGAGGAUGCUAAUCAGACACUGUCGUACGAUGGCUGGCUGCGAACGCAGAUAAAUGAAUUGGGAUUACAAGAGGACUUUACUUAG